AUGGCGCCGCCCGUUACUGUCGUGCCGUCCUUGGAGACGGCCAGGGAUGUGAUCAACUCGUACAAGAACUCGAAUUAUCCCCCGAACUUGCUUCCGAUUACUGCAUCGAUUCCGGCCGAUCUUUUAACCCCGACCCUAGCAUAUCUUAAAAUCGCGGAGAACUCGAAAUUGUCAUUCCUCUACGAAAGUGCCGCCACCACCGAGACUAUUGGGAGAUAUAGUUUUGUCGGCGCAGAUCCCCAUAAACUUCUCAAAACCGGCCUCGGCCAUGGACCCGAAUGCGACCCCCUUCCGAUCCUGGAGAAGGAGCUGUCUGGAUUCCGCGUGGCCACCGUCCCCGGCUUGACCCUACCCCCGCUGACGGCCGGUGCGAUCGGUUACGUUGGAUACGAUUGCGUUCGCUACUUCGAGCCCAAGACGGCACGACCGCUUAAGGAUGUGCUCGGUAUUCCGGAGUCGCUAUUCAUGCUCUUCGACACCAUCAUUGCCUUCGACCACUUCUACCAAGUCGUGAAGAUCAUUACAUACAUCCCUAUCCCCAGCAAUGAUACGGAACUCGAGGCAGAAUACAGUCGAGGUGAAGGAAUCAUCAAGCGUGCCAUCGAGAAGCUGCUACGGCCCGAAUACCCCUUGCCUCCUCAGGGCCCCAUCAUCCCGGACCAGGAGUACACGUCCAACAUUGGACGGGAAGGUUACGAACGACAUGUGACUAAACUGAAGGAGCACAUCUCCAAGGGUGAUAUUUUCCAGACCGUGCCGUCACAGCGGUUGUCCCGCCCCACCUCUCUCCAUCCCUUCAACCUCUUCCGCCACUUGCGCACGGUCAACCCCUCUCCCUACCUUUUCUACAUCGACUGCGAGGACUUUCAGCUGGUGGGAGCCAGUCCGGAGCUCUUGGCCAAGGAGGAAAAAGGUCGCAUUAUCACCCAUCCUAUUGCGGGAACCGUCAAGCGUGGCAAGACUGUUGAGGAGGACGAGGCCCUGGCCGAGGAAUUGCGAGGCAGUCUGAAGGAUCGCGCCGAGCACGUCAUGCUGGUGGACCUGGCGCGCAACGACGUGAACCGAGUGUGCGAUCCCAUCACGACGCAGGUCGACCGACUGAUGGUGGUGGAGAAAUUCUCCCACGUGCAGCAUCUAGUCUCUCAGGUGUCGGGCAUUCUCCGUCCCGAGAAGACUCGGUUCGACGCCUUCCGAUCGAUUUUCCCCGCGGGGACGGUGUCCGGCGCGCCCAAGGUGCGGGCCAUGCAGCUGAUCGCCGAACUCGAGGGCGAGAAGCGCGGAGUGUACGCGGGUGCGGUGGGCUACUUUGGGUACAACAUCUCCAGCACGGACGGGACGGCGGAGAUCCCCGGAGCGAUGGACACGUGCAUUGCGCUGCGAACGAUGAUGGUCAAGGACGGAGUGGCUUACCUUCAAGCGGGUGGUGGAAUCGUCUUCGAUUCGGACCCCUACGACGAAUACGUCGAGACGUUGAACAAGCUGGGAGCCAACAUUGCCUGCAUCAAGGGGGCGGAAGCGAAAUAUUUGAGCAUGGAACAAGACAAAUAA